AUGUCUUCCAUCCAGUUUGCCAAAAACCAGGCGGAUUUUAACAAUUACCUUCUGAAUAACAAAUACCUUGUGGCGCAGUUCACUGCUUCAUGGUGUGGGCCCUGCCAGGCUAUCAAGCCCGUAAUUGACAAUCUAUACAGCUCAGACAAGUAUAAGAAGUUGGAGAUUGUCCGGGUCGACUUGGACUCGUGCCAGGAGGUGGCUGCCAAAUACAGUAUCACAAGUGUUCCUACGUUUUUGUUUUUCGAGAACGGCAAGGAGGUCGGACGUGUCCAGGGUGCUUCUCCCAAGAUGAUGGAGAGCUUUGAUCUGUUGAACGAGAAGGCCAAUGCUGAUUCCUCUGCUGGCCGCAGCACAGGUGCUAGUCUGUCGGCAUCGUUACCCAAUGAGCUUGGGUCUCUUAUCCCCAAGGGCUACCAGGUGCUCAAUGAUAUCAUUCACUUCGGUGAGUUGGUGUCCUUGAAUGCAUUGACUUUAGUUAAAAGUGAAGAGGCCAAACCCUCUGUCUUAUUUAGGGUUCCCGAGAAGCAGACGGCCGUUUUGUCUGAUGCCGACUCGCAGGCGUUGUUUUUCGUGCCAUUGAACAACAUUUCCAAGGUGUACUCUGUUCUCCUCAAGAUCUCCGAUCUCAGCAACUACAAGGGCGAUCUUGAGUUGGACGAGGACGAGAUUAAUGAGGAAACGCAACCUCCAUCGACCCUCAAGCUUUGGAUCAACAAACCUGGCAUCAUGUCGUUUGAUGACGCCGCUGCAGACAAGAACGCUCCACAUGUGGAGACACUUGAUCUUUCAAAGGUCUCUGACGGUUGGUACGAGGCCAAGUUGCGUUUUGUUCGUUUCCAGAGCGUUCAGAACUUGACUGUGUUUGUAGAUGGAGAGGAUGAGGACAAGCACACCGUGGUGGACAAGGUGGUCAUUGUCGGUAUCAGCGGAGACUCUCGGGAGCAGGGAUCCGUGCAGCAGCUAGAGGAAGAGUAA